CAACAGUACGACUAGAUUCACAGGAUACGUCUGAUCAGCCCAUCUGCCGCGGGGCCGACCUUUAUCCAUUUCUCCCAUCACGCCAUUUCGUCGGGAUCACCCUUCCCGCACAGUCCUCUAGUUCUAGGGCUUCGAUAGGUCCCGUUUGACGAUCCGGAUGCUGCAAGUCACAUCCAGGUUACACAACACAAUCAUGCUUGCUUUCUCGGAGCUAUUAUCUGUACCCCACUGAGAUACAUGCAUGUUAACCUCUUACAACAUGCAACAUCUGAUGAGUACCAUACAUGAUCUGUAAUGUCUGAUGAAACACGACCUGCCAGCCAUGCGUUCGUGCGACCGGUCGACCUGCAGAUAGGCUAGUCUCAUAUUCAUAUAGUGGUGCCCUGACAUGCAGGUCCAGGCCUUGUGGUGGUGAUUGCGUAGAUUUAUAGGGGCAUUGGAAAGUGUGCUACACUAACUACCGAGGAGUAUCCCGUGGUCCAGGCCCUGGUCAAUACUGCGGGAGAAGGGUACGCAAUGCAUUUUGCACAUGCGACUGGCUUUUGACGCUUUUUCGACCAAACAUCACCCGAAAGCCAUGUGGACAACCCGUGUGUCUAUGAUGGUCUUUUGCGUAAUUUGUAGGAGUAGCCUGAUUCUCGGUUUUAAAGACAGAGCUAUCCAAUCAACCAAGCUCCACUUCUACCCAACCACUGUCUAGCUGGGCCUCACCUACAGUAGCAUUUGUCUUUGAAAAACUGGCGCAAUGAAAGGCCAGAGGGGGCCACAGACCUAUCCACCCAAGAUAAGGUCUCGGGCACUGUAUGGAUCCCUUUUGCUUGUUGAUGGGGCUCUCUGAUGUGGCGUUCUGAUUUUGAUUUUGAUUUUGAUUUUUUUCGUGGAACCAACCUGGCCAGUGAAAUUGACCAAAGGGCUCAACGAAGUUCUUUUGUACGACAGUACUGCACACCAUGAUCACCAUGAUUGCGUACAGAUCGAACACCUCCGAUGCACUGGCCGCUCAGCCCCUGACCCUAGUCCCCCUGGCGACUCGCCGUCUCCGUCUCGGCCUGGAUGCCGACUACGGGCCCUAUCGGGAUGCCUUCACAUGCGGGCUCGGGCAUUCCCGCUCCACCGGAAUCCCGAUUUUGUCCCGGUUUCUCUCCUCCGAUGCCAUUGCGCGUCCGUCUCGCCAUCACGAUAAUGCAUUGGCGUUUCACGAUUUCGCUAUUAAAGUUGAAACUGGCAUUACAUACCUAGGCGAUGGCCCUAACAUGGAAGACAAAGAAUUUAUCGCCGACCUCCUUCUAAGCAGACAUCGUCUUCUAAUGAAGAACAAGGCAUAAAGAAAAGGCUAAACUCGAAAAUUCGUUCUGGCUCCCGUUCCAAGGUCUUCAGGGUUUUCCUGGCCCGGUC